GAGCACGAUAUAAUAAUGAAAAUAUUGGGAUUGAGGUAGGGUAUGGCAAGUGUUGAGUUCUUUGUGCGGACUGGUCAAAGUGUCGAAGAGAAUGGAACAAAGGAUGCCCAAACACCCCCAUGGGCCACGAUAUGAACUUUCUACUUGCGACAUGCAGGUUCCUUCGUCGAACUUAUUCCUAAAGACAUACAAUCGUUUUAAAACGAGGAAAAAAAAAGAUCUCUAUUACAGUGCCGAGAAUGAAUUCGUCUCGACACCCGCAACUUGGUGGGCGACUGAGCGUCAGCAAAUACGAGCAUAUUGAAGUGCUAAAGCAUGUUCCUGAAGUGCCAGGUCAAAGGCCAAAUACUAAUUAUAAAUGGCUUGAAGGGAAGGAUACGGUUCCAAAACUAUGGAUAACGCGACGAAGGACUGAUGGAAAGAUCUUCCUCGCUCGGAGUUUCAUCUACACUUUGCCCGCGUUCGCUGAAGCCCAGGAGUCGCUUUUGAGACUGUUGAACCAUCCGAAUCUCGUCAGUUUAGUGGGCAUUGUUCGAGACAGAGAAGAGCUGGGUGGAGAUAUUGACUAUGCAGUGUGGGAAUACUGCGAGAGAGGAACCUUGAAUAGAUUACUCUCCCGGAGACCGGACGAGUUUGCGCUGGAAAUACCGGAGAGCCUGGUCUGGCAUGUUCUCGCUGGCAUGACUCAAGCCCUGCUAUGGCUACAUUUUGGGCAGAAGAUUUCCUACCCGUUUAAUUCGCACAUGCAGCAUGACGAUGACUGGCAACCGGUCUUGAUGACGGAUAUUAAUCCGACAAAGAUAUAUUUCUGCGCUCCAGAGGGAAACGAGACAUAUGGCCGAGUAAAGCUCGGCGGGUUCCAGCGGGCAUUGAUUGCGCUUGAUCGACAGCACGAUCGCAUCAUGCCUUUGCGGGUUUUCAAGAGCGAGUCUAAUAAGUAUCUUGCGCCGGAGGUUCGCGGAUUCAUGCGCCCUCGAACUAGAGCGGCGGACAUUUAUGCUUUGGGAGCUGUCUUGUACGAAAUGAUGGUGGGCAAAGCACCCACUGAGACGGGUCCGACUGGAGCGGCAUCGCUUGACACUUCGUCGGGAGGAGCUCAUGACUACGUCCAAGCCAUUCCAAGUCGAUAUUCUUUUGCGUUGAGAAAAAUUGUGUAUGAUAUGCUGCGCACAAAUAGUCCUAGCAGACCGACUGCCCUCGAUUUGAAUGAGCGCGUCGAAGAGGCGAUGAGCGUCUGGAAAGAUACAACUGAAGAGGGGAGGAAAUAUGUUGGCACUGGGGAGAGGGGAGAUCGGAUUCCUGCAGCGUAUUCCUGA